UCCCUCGAUUCCUUUCUUUAGUGUGCUUUUAUUCCGUACCAUUUCUCUAAAUACGGACUGAAAUCGUUACCCUUUUUCGGUUGUCCAUUUUCUUCAACGCCCUUGGUUCCAUCGUUCCCACCCCCGCGCGCGAGAGAUCAACGUUUAGUAGGAUGGCUGACGCAGAUCAAGCUCCCGCUGCUCAGCAGCACGCCAAGCCCAAGCUGCCCGACGAGAUCAUCGAACCACAAGACCCCGAAUCAGAUGCAUCUUCGACCAGCGGCACAUCCGUCCACACUGAUACAGACACUCUGAGAACGAGUAUCCGUGACUACCGUAGAGAAAACGGCCGCACGUAUCACAGUCUCAGCGAUGGAACAUACAUCCUACCAAACGAUGCCAGGGAACAAGACCGUUUGGACUUCCAGCAUCACUUUUGGACGCUGACGUGGGAUGGGAAACUCUGCAUGUGUCCCAAGAAUGAGGGAGCCAACCGUGUCUUGGACGUUGGAACCGGAACGGGUAUCUGGGCUGAGGAAUAUGCGGAUAAACACACAGAAGCAGUGGUCGUUGGCGUCGACUUGAGUCCCAUUCAGCCUGAAUUUGCUCCGCCGAAUUGCAAGUUUGAAGUCGACGAUGUGGAGAAGGAGUGGACGUGGCAAGAGCCGUUUGACUUUAUCUUUGCGAGGCACAUGAACGCCUGCUUCGAAAGUUGGGAGCGGUUUCUCCGUCGUGCUUACGACGCCCUAGAACCAGGCGGCUUCAUCGAGCUCCAAGACAACGCCUUCCCCAUCCUCUGCCAAGACGGUACCCUCAAGCCCGACGACCCGAUGGCGCGCUGGUCGACCCUCAUGAUGGAGGGCACCGAGCUCAUCGGCCGCCCCAUCACCGUCCCCGCGCGCUUCCGCUCCCUGCUCAGCGAGGCCGGCUUCGUCGACGUGGUGGAGCACAAGCGCGUGUGGCCGACGAGCCCCUGGCCCCUGAACCCGGAGCUGCGGGAGCUCGGCGUCUGGGGCCAGGCGUGUAGCCUCGAAGGGAUCGAGCCGGGUGCCAUGGCGCUGUUUACGCGCGUGCUGGGGUGGACGAGGGAGGAGGUUGUUGUAUUUAUGGCGGGUGUGAGGAAUGAUUUUAAGAAUGCUGGUAUUCAUGGGUUUUGGAAUGUGUACUCCGUGUACGGAAUGAAGCCUUAUGAUAAACCCGGCCAGGAGUAAAGUAGCUAUCUAGACUCUCAGGAACCGGUGAACUCAGACAAGUUCUUCUUGGGUGGUUCGAUGUAAAAGUCAGCCAGUCUCGUGAUGGAGACUUUCACAGCCUAAUAUUUGUACACACACACACACACACCCACACACGCAUGUGAUGAAUUACUUAGACUGUAUAUUUAAUAAAGUACAUUGAACAAAAAUCUCAAAGACAACAAUAACAAACACG